AUGGAUCGUCAUCGUAUCCGCUUCAAGUACAAUGGAGCUGACGCUAUCGACAUGGUGUUUUCGAAGAAGAAGAGUGAGGAGAGAAAGGACUGGCUCUCGAAGUGGAUGCGGGAGAAGAAAGACAGAAAGCAGCAGGGACUUGCUGAAGAAUAUCUCUACGACAAGGACACUCGAUUCGUCACUUUCAAGGAUUUCGUCAAUCGUGAAUUGGUGCUCUUCUCGAAUCUCGACAACGAGCGUUCAAUUCCAUGUCUUGUGGAUGGUUUCAAGCCAGGACAACGGAAGGUUCUCUUCGCGUGCUUCAAGAGAUCAGACAAGCAUGGGGUCAAAGUGGCUCAAUUGGCCGGAGGUGUCGCUGAUAUGUCUGCUUACCAUCACGGAGAACAGUCGCUUAUGACAACAAUUGUGCAUCUCGCCCAGGAUUACGUUGGAUCCAACAACAUCAACUGCUUCUUCCAAUCGGAAUGUUCGGUACUCGUCUUCAGGGUGGAAAGGACAGUGCUUCAGCUCAGUACAUCUUUACUCAACUGUCGCCAGUCACUCGUACACUCUUCCCGUCUCACGAUGAUAAUGUUCUGCGUUUUCUUUAUGAAGAAAAUCAGCGAAUUGAGCCAGAGUGGUAUUGUCCAAUUAGUCCAAUGGUUCUCGUCAAUGGAGCUCAAGGGAUCGAUACAGGAUGGCGCACGAACAUCCCUAAUUACAAUCCACGUGAACUGGUCAAGAACAUCAAGCGUCUUAUCGCCGGCGAGCCGCAGAAAGCCUUAGCUCCAUGGUACAAGAACUUCCGCGGAAAGAUCAUUCAAAUCGACCCGCGUCGAUUUGCAUGCUAUGGUGAAGUUGCUGUGCUUGAUGACAACACCAUUGAGAUCACCGAGUUGCCAAUCAAACAGUGAACUCAAGAUUACAAAGAGAAGGUUUUGGAGGGAUUGAUGGAGAGCUCGGACGAGAAGAAACCGCCUGUUAUCGUGGACUACCAGGAGUAUCACACAGAUACAACUGUCAAAUUCGUCGUGAAGCUGGUGCCAGGAAAACUUCGUGAAUUGGAGCGCAAGCAGGAUCUUCAUCAAGUGCUCCAGCUCCAAUCUGUCAUCUGCAUGAGCUCCAUGGUGCUUUUCGAUGCUGCCGGAUGUCUUCGCACGUCCACUUCGCCAGAGGCAAUUACUCAAGAGUUCUACGAUAGCCGCCAAGAGAAGUACCUGCAGAGAAAGGAGUACCUCCUCGAAGUUCUUCAGGCUCAGAGCAAGCGUCUCACUAACCAGGCUCGUUUCAUCCUCGCCAAGAUCAACAAAGAGAUUGUAUUCGAGAACAAGAAGAAGGUAGCCAUUGUCGAUGAUUUGAUCAAAAUGGGUUUUGAUGCUGAUCCAGUGAAGAAGUGGAAGGAGGAGCAAAAGCUCAAGCUUCGUGAAUCUGGAGAAAUGGACGAAGAUGAUCUAGCUACUGUCGCCGUCGAAGAUGACGAAGGCGUUUCCUCUGCUGCGAAGGCCGUUGAAACCAAGCUAUCAGGCUACGAGUACCUUUUCGGAAUGACUAUCCUCGACGUUUCGGAAGAAGAGACUAACAAGCUCAUCAAUGAAUCGGAGGAGAAGAUGACAGAGCUUCGAGUGCUGAAGAAGAAGACCUGGCAAGAUCUUUGGCAUGAGGAUCUGGACAACUUCCUUUCCGAGUUGGACAAGCAAGAGGCUCGCGAGAGGGGUGAUCAAGAUGCUAUGCUCGAGAAUGCCGUCAAGAAGCUUGCUGCAGACGCAAAGAGCGGACGUGGAUCCACGAAGAAUGUGUGCCCGGAAGUCCUCCCAUCCAAGGACGGACAUCGUAUCGAGCCGCGGUUUGAUGCCGCAACCAAGGCAAAGUAUGAAAAGAUGACGCAGCCAAAGCGGGAACGCGUCAAGAAAGAGCCAAAGAAGCUGGCGUGGCAAGCCGAUUGUGACGACGAUGUUGGCGUCACUUCUGAUGAAGAAGUCAUAAGAAAGCCAAAGCCACGUGCAGAAAGAAGAGCUGCAAAAAAGCCAGCUGUGGAGGCUCCAGCAAAGAAGGCUGAGCCGAAGAAGAAGAAGAACAACAAGCUCUACGACAUGUCUGGCGGCGAGAGUGCUGAUGACGUCGGCGAGAAAGAGGGAUCGGACAAUGGUAGUGUGGGAAGCGGUUAGUU